GCCGGACGGGCAGCGCCGAGGGCCAGAAAGGCCGGCGGGACAGCGGGGUGUGUCGCGGCGUGUGUGUGUGUUGGAGGGGGCCACCAUGGAGGACGACGCGCCGGUGAUCUAUGGGCUGGAGUUCCAGGCAAGAGCUUUAACACCUCAGACAGCAGAAACGGAUGCAAUAAGAUUUUUGGUUGGAACACAGUCUCUUAGAUAUGAUAAUCAGAUUCACAUCAUAGAUUUUGAUGAUGAAAACAACAUUAUAAACAAAAACGUUCUCCUUCAUCAAGUGGGUGAAAUUUGGCACAUCAGUACCAGUCCUGCAGAUAAAGGUGUGCUAGCAACCUGCUACAAUAAAACUUCAGACAGUAAAGUCAUGACAUGUGCUGCUGUUUGGAGGAUGCCGAAGGAAUUGGAAUCAGGCAGUCAUGAAUCCCCUGAUGAUUCAUCAAGCAACACUCAAACCCUGGAGCUACUCUGUCACCUUGACAACACAGCCCAUGGCAAUAUGGCCUGUGUUAUGUGGGAACCAAUGGGAGACGGUAAAAAGAUUAUUUCGCUGGCUGAUAAUAACAUAUUAUUGUGGGAUUUGCAGGAAAGUUCAGCCAAAGCUGUGCUCUCUAGUUCUGCAGCCUUGGAAGGGAAAGGACAAUUAAAAUUUACUUCUGGAAGAUGGAGUCCACACCACAAUUGCACACAGAUUGCAACAGCCAAUGAUACUACUGUUCGAGGGUGGGAUACACGAAGCAUGAGACAGAUAUAUUGCAUAGAAAAUGCACACGGACAGCUGGUACGAGACCUAGACUUUAAUCCCAAUAAACAGUACUACCUGGCUAGCUGUGGAGAUGACUGCAAGGUGAAAUUCUGGGACACAAGAAAUGUCACUGAACCAGUGAAGACACUGGAGGAGCAUUCCCACUGGGUCUGGAAUGUCAGAUACAAUCAUUCUCAUGAUCAGCUGAUCCUUACAGGAAGCAGUGAUAGCAGAGUUAUCCUGUCUAAUAUGGUAUCAAUUUCUUCUGAACCAUUUGGGCAUAUGGUAGAUGAUGAUGAACUAAGUGACCAAGAGGACCAGCAUCAAGAAGAGAAGAUUAAAGAGCCCCUCCAGGACAGUGUAAUAGCUACCUAUGAAGAACAUGAAGACAGUGUAUAUGCAGUUGAAUGGUCCUCAGCAGACCCGUGGCUAUUUGCCUCUUUAAGUUAUGAUGGCAGACUUGUUAUUAACAGGGUUCCCAGAGCUCUUAAAUAUCACAUACUGUUAUAAUUUGUUUGGAUUAUGGGAAGUUGUUCUCUUGAUGUACACGAUCAGUAGGUGUUGUUUAGGUUUUUUUCAGGAUCUAUUUUUAUUAUGUAUAAAUGUUAAAAUUUUGUUAAGAAUAUCUGUACUAGUAUAGACACUUUAAUUUUCUCUUUUGUAUUUGCCUUGGAAAACUAUGAAGAUUUUUUUUUUUUUGAGGGGCUAAACACUUUGUGAAUUAUUUCUAGGGAUAUUGGGUACUUCCCACACUAUUGCUUUAUUACUUCAGCUUUAUUGCAAAUAUAGUGGAUUACACAGGUGUUGUUAUGCGGAUAAAAAUCUGGGACAAUGUAGGAUGCAUGUAGCAAGUGAUCUACUCAUUUACAAUAAUAAUAUUUUAUCUUUCUGAUAUAAACAGCCUUUUUUCUUAGCUAGGGCCAUGUUCUGCUAAGUAUUCUGAUCAUUCUUCAAUGUUUAUAGACACAGUUGGGAAUGGUCUUAAAAGUCUUUCUUAAUUCAGUCUAAUAUUUUAAACAGUUUUUCUCCAAUUUUGCAUAUCCUCAGAAGAAAUAUUAAUUGUGAAGGUGAAACCUUUGAAAUAUAUUUUACAUUUUAAUCCUUAUGGUAGUAUCAACAGAGCACCAUCCUGUAAUUUGCAAACUAAAUGCAAUUUUGAGCUAUGUGUUGUUAUUUGAAACAAUAUUUGGCUUUACCGAAAUCUCUUAUACUCCCAUGUUUAUAGAACUCAGUUGUGCUGUAGUAUAUUUUGAGAGACUCCGGAGCUACGCCGUUGUUAACCUGAAAAAUCUCUUUAGUAUUUGCAAGUAGUCUCUCUCUCUUACCCUCUUGGCUCGGUGCCAUCCUGCGGUAGGCUGACAUGAUGUAGCAGGCUUUCACCUAAGCACGGAACACCCUUUGCUGUAUCCUGCUCUGUGCAAUACCUGACCCAGGCAUCGGGGACUCUCUUGUGACAAACGCUGAGAACAGGCAGAUGCUGCCCCGCAGGAGGAUGCACGGAGAACUGGAGAUGUGACUGGAAGGCGUGGUGGAGCGUGCCUGUACGGACUGACACCCCCCUUCCCCUUGCCUUCCUGUUAAGGUGAAAAUUCUGCUGCCUGCUCUUUGUGUACUCAGCCUAACCACGGCACUAAUUAUUCCCUGUUGCCUUUUCAUCGCUAUUAACUUCAGAACCUGGGUCUGUUGGUUGUGGUAGCAUUGUGUGAGGCCGCUCUGAAGAAAUGGCAAGAACAUGGGAUGGAAAGAUCAAUACCAGACUGUUUCCGUGAUGCCUCCCGUUGCUAUGACAACCAUUGGUGUUAGUGUGGAGGGCCAGCCUGCUGCUCACCUCUGCUUGUCCUUACCCACUCUUGGAUCGAAACAUGUCCAAAUGUGAUUUGUUGUGUAUACACAGCUGCUUCUGUGAGAACACGCUUUGAGAGCAUGACUGACUGCCACAGGCCAAAGCAUCCGGAAGAGAUGAAAGCUGAAUUCUAUUUCUGGCUUUCUUAAAGAGCUUGUUUGGAAGAAUUCAUAGGAGCAAAGUAAUCUAAUUAAAUCAUCUGUACUAUUGUUUGUGUUAGGAGGCUGCCUGUGUGCUCCAGAAUGAAUGCUUCAUUGGAAAUUCUGAUGGUCUGAUUUUCUGCAUUAAGAUUUUAAACUUGUGCUAUUUCAAAUUGUCUCAAUCUGUAAUUAGGCAUGAGCUAUUCACCUGUAUGCUGUAACAAAAAUUACAUUUCCAAAUCAGUAGUGCUUCAGUUCUCUGAAUAUCAAAAUCCUUGGUUGGGCUGCAGCUUUGUAUAUUGAGCUUUCAAUCUUCAGACAGAAAACCUUGUUGGUUUUCCGCCCCCCUCCCCCUGAAAAACCCCACCCCACUGCAGUAUAUCUUUAGUAUGCAGCAGAACUCUUUAAAACUUUCUUCACGUUAGCAAUAAAGGUCUGAUGAAGCUUUAUUGUCUGGUAAUGUAUAUGGCUUGCAGCGUGAAAGUGAUGGGAAAUUACGUAACAGUAUGUGGGAUUUGAUUUCAUUUUUUAACAUGUAAUAAAUGUGGGACAGAGUUCAGACUAA